GAAAAUGUGAAAAAUGCUUCAAAAUGAUUUUUCUUUAUUUUAUUUUAUUUAUCUAUUCUUCUCAAAAAUGGAAAUUGAAUAUUGAAUUAUUAACCUAGUUGUGCUGAUUGCUAGUCGUAUUGUUUAAAUGUAUUGCAUAUAAAUUUAAUUUAGAAUUCGAACCUACAAACAAACAAAUACAAACAGACACAGAUUAUGUUCAUAUCGAAUUUUAGUGAGCUGUCACUUGAAUCGCCACCUGCGCCAUCAUCAUCACCAUCAACAACAACAUCGUCGUCGUUGACAAAUCGUGAUUUAUUAAAAACGAAAUCAACACAUUCUACGGUGAAAUUAAACUCGGUGAAUAAGUUAUUGAAACGUACAAAAUCUCCAGCAAUCAAUAGUACUACCACUACUACUACUACUAACACUACUAACACUACCAUGAAUUCGUUCUUGCCUUCUACAAAUUCUUCCAGUUUAUCGCCAAAUAAUCCAUAUAAUUUUGAUUUUUUCAAUCAUUCACCUAUUUCUGAUGGAAAUGAUCAUUUACAACGAAUGAUUACCACACCACAUACUACUGAUAUCAAUACUACUAGUAUUAGUAGUAGUAGUAGUACUAGUAGUACUACUACUGCUGCAUCUGUUCUCCCGAUUGUUAAUUUAACAUUAAGUAGUAAUAAUAAUAGUAAUAAUGAUAAUAAUAAUAAUCCGGUCAUCAAUGUGUCUGAUUCGUCCAGUUCAUCCAAUCCUACAACUAAUAUGACAAGUCAUAAAAAUAAAACUAAUCAACAUCAUCAUCAUAAGCAUAAAGAAGAGACUACUACUACUACUAGUAGUAGUACACUGACAGUGCAAAAAGAAUCUAACAUGAAUAAUGCCAGCAGUGUUCCAGCUACCACUGUGCAAAUGAAUUCCAAUGAAGCUUCCACUAGUUCAACAAUAAUAAAACAACCAACCAAUCAUCAUUCAAGAACUACAUUGAAAUGUCCAUUUUGUGAUAAAAUAUUCAGUAAUUCCAGUGCUAUUGCUAAACACAAAUUAACACAUAGUGAAGAACGUAAAUACAUUUGUAUUAUAUGUCAUAAAGCAUUUAAACGUCAAGAUCAUUUAAAUGGUCAUAAAUAUACACAUGAAAGUCGUAAACCGCAUGCAUGUCAUUUCUGUGAUAAAUCCUACAGUGAUUCACGUUCCCUUAGACGACAUUAUGAAAAUGCUCAUCCAGAAGAGAAUGAACGUUGGAUGUUAUUAUGUCAAGCAACUAAUGGUGAUACAAGUGCUAUAUCGAUUGCUGCCGCAGCAGCGGCGGCUUUACUCUCUUCAUCUGCGGCUGCGGCUGCUGCUGCCGCGGCGGCGGCUGCGUCAUCAACUGAUACGACAACAGGACGUGAUACAGAUCCUUCACUGCCAUCUAGUAAUGGUGGCAGUGCUCAUACUGAAGGCGUUGCCAAUAAUCAUGUUUCAUCGUUAGCCAUAUUGAAUGCUUUGAGUAAUAAUAAUAAUAAUAAUAAUCAUAGUACGUCAUCCUCCUCAUCAUUGCCGUUGUCGUCGUCCUCAUCAUCAUCCUCUUCGACUACUGCUGCUGUUAGCGGCGGCGGUGGCGCUGGUGGUGUCGCCACCUCACUGGAUUCUUCAGCAAGUGUUAAUAAACUCAUUGAAUUCGGUCAUCAAACUGGUCUAUCACCAGCGGCGUUAGUUGCUUUAGUUGCAUCAACUAGUUGUUCUAAAUCCGGUCUAACAUCUGGAUUCGAUCGUCAGGCCUUAUUAUCAUCACUGUCGUCGUCAUCAUCAUCGUCGGCUGGUGUCAUUGGUGGUGGUGAUGGUGUCAAAUCAUUGAAACAAUCAAAAUUAUCAACUAGUCAAAAUGCUAUUGAUCAAUCUCUUGGCGCCAAUCGAUCAUCACCGGCGCCAACAUCACGAUCGGUUUGUCAUUCGCCUAGUUCAUUGUCAACUACAAUUCCUCCCAAUAGUAAUAAUAACAGUAACAUGAUGGAUAUCCAAGUCGACAAUGAAAUCGACACAAUCAAUAUGAUCACUGAUGAAUUAUCAGACACUGCUAUCGCCACAACAUCAGCGUCCACUACAACCACACUAGCAUCAGCCUCAUCAUCGAUUCGCAAUGAAUCGUUAACAUCAACUAUAACCAAUGCUCUGUUGAGCAAAACUUUAUUUUCUAAAACUAAUAGUAAUAACAAUAAUUCGACAAUCAUGCCUAAUGCUAACAAAACUCCACUCACACUAAAUCAUUUCACAUUGAAUCCAAUUGAAGUAGAGAAUGCCGCUAAAGUUGCUUUACUUAUGACACACCCGUUGGAAGAACCAAAACGUGUAGCAUGUGCCAUAUGUACUAAACGUUUUAAAAAUCAAUCGGCAUUAAAUGGCCAUAUGCGAUUGCAUGGAGGUUAUGGACCAGCUGGUCUAAGUGGUAUGAGCCAGAAUUCGACCACCACAACGACGACUUCAACGGCGUCGACGUCGACGGUGACGACACUGCAAACGCCGGCAUCAUCAGCAUCAGCGACGAUACUACAAUCAGGUCAAACAGAUACUACUACUACCACUACCACUACUACUGAUAAAAUUAUUAGUAAUAAAGGAAGCAACAAAUCAAUCGAUUCGCAUAGCAAUAACAAAAAUAAUAAUAAUAAUAAUAAUAAUUCAGAUUCAAAGAAAAAACUCUACUCAUCAUUAUCUACAGAUAUGGAUUAUUCGUUGAAGUCAUUCAACAAUGUUAAAUCACAUUCAAGAGCAAAUAGAGCAUCACAUAACAAAGCCAACAAUUCAACUACAUCAAAAUUUACUAAAGAGAAUGCUAGAACUAGUGAAUUUAUCACAAGCAGUACUGUUACGCCUAAUUCGAUUGAUUUAUCAAGAAUAAUUAAAACAUCCGCCACAACAUUGAACAAUAAUGAUUCCAUUCAAACAAAUCAUUCACCUAUAUUCAAUUCAACUAAUCAUCCUCAUCAACAUCAUACAUCAUCGUUGAACAGUCAUCAUAAUCACGAUCUGGUGACUACAAAUACUACUCAUAAUCAUGAUAAUAGUAAUACUCCGUCAUAUUCAAUCAAUAAACAACUGCUCGAUACAUCUUAUAACGCAUCAUUAAUUGAUGUAUGUUGUACUUCCUCCGGUGGAAGUGUUCCCAAUGAACAAACAAAGUCUCAAUUACCAUUUGAUCAUCAUCAACAUCAUCCGCCGCGGAGGCAGCGAGAGCAGCCUCCAUCCUCAUCAGCGCUAUCGUUAUCUUCAACAAUAAUGCAUGAUCAUUCAUGGUUAUCACUGUCCUAUGAUGAUCAUACCGCAAUGCGACAACGUCAACAACAUCGAAAUCAAUUAUUUCCUCUAAACUCAUUGGAAUUUGAUCAUAUUGUUGAUAUGAUUAAAAAAGAUAGUCAUACUACUAACAACACUACUAAUACUACUAAUACUACUAAUCUCUCAUUGACUGAAUCAUCUUUAGUAGCAGCCACAUUGAAUUCAAUAUUCUCAUCCAAUGCAUUGACCAAUAAUCAGACUACAAUCACUACAACUUUGUCUAAAACCACACCAGCAAUUCUAUUGAAUGGGAAUGAUUUGUCUCACAGACUGCAAUUCACAAGUGAUCAUCAUAGUAGACAAUCAUCUUCAGCGUCGCCAUCACCGCCAACAUCAUCGUCAUCAGCACCAGCAUCAUCGAUUCAUGGUGUGCUGAAUGUGAUUAGUACUCCUCCUACAACCAUUACCACUACUACUUCGACUACUGCUAGUGCUAGUAGUACUACAGAUACUACUAUUGGCAAUAAUAGUAGUAGUACCGGUAAUAAUAAUAAUAAUAAUAAUAAUAAUAAUAAUCAACUUCUUAAUUCCACAUCACAACGAUCGGAAUUAUUUAGUUUCAUGGAUAGUGAUGAUUGGUGGCAGUCUAUUUCAAAUCAUACUACAAGUCAUAAUAAUAAUAAUAAUAAUAAUCAUAUUAGCAACACUGUUCAAUGUCCAUUGGAUAUGCAUCUAUUCGAUCAGAAAUGGUCAUCGAUGGAAAAUGUCCCAUUGUCAAAUCAGAACAAUGAUAAUAUUGAUAAUAUUAAUAAUAAUCAUUUAAAAGGCUUAACAAAUUUCCCAUUGAAACAGACUACUAUUAAUGCUACUAGUAGUAGUAAUAAUAAUAAUUAUAAUAUUAUGCCACCAAAUAUUCAUUUAACAUCAUUAUUAAAAUUGAACAAUCAUGAACAAUCACUUCAUGUUUCGGCAUCAUUAUCACCGUUAUUAUCAUCAGCCUCCUCCUGUACGUCAUCUUCAGCUCCCUCAUCUUCUUGGUCGUCAACACAACACCAACACCAACACCAACAACUCAAUAAACCAGCAACCUUUCAUCGUCGUCCAAUUCCUCAACCAUUACAAUUAUCCAAUUAUCAAACACCUGCAUUCAAUAUUAACACUAGUCAAUAUUCACCAAUUACACCAGCACCAAUGAAUAUGUCAAUGCAUAACAAUACAUUGACAACAACAACAGAAUGUGAUGAUCACCACCACCAACAGCAACAACAGCAACAGUUAUUACCGGUGAACACCAGCAUCCUGAAAUCCUCAUCCGCAUCAUCUUCAUCAUCAUCAUCAUCGUUACCGUCAACAAUCAUGACAACUGGAACCAAUGGUACAAUGUGUACUAGUCAUCAUGUUCAACAGCAUCAACAUUGUUCAAUGUUCAAUGUUCAAUGUGACAAUACAAAGAAAUUAUCAUCAUCAUCUUCUUCUUUAUGUUGUUUUGAUGAUAAUACCAAUAGCAAUAAUAAUAAUAAUAAUUCAUUAUUUGGUUUAACAAAUUUUUCCGAUUCACUAUUAUUCUCUUCUAUGUAUCACCACAAUACUACUAAUAAUAAAUUCCUUCCGCCUCAUGUUGAUUUUCCUAUCUCGAUCAGCAAUAAUAACAAUAAUAAUAAUAAGAGUAUUGAGUUAUUGGAUAGUAGUUGUUCUUCAAUUAAUCCAAAUCAAUUCAAUCCGGAUCAUUUAUUGUUGAAUAUGACACAAAGAGGAGAUUUGUCAAGACCUCAUCAACAUCCUCAUUCUCAUCAGCAAUUAGGUAAUAGCGAUCCGUCACAAUUACGUGAUCGUCAUCCUCAUCAGCAACAGCAGCGUCAACAGUUACAACAUCAGAGUAAUUGUAGUAGUACAAGUAGUAGUAAUGGUCCUAGUAAUCGCCCCAAUAAACUGUAUGAAUCCAAAGUGAAUUGUUCAUGUACACAACAACAUUAUCAAUUACAACAACGAGAACAACAACAACAUCAUCAUGAUCAUCAUCAGUUGGAGUUGGACUAUUAUAAUCGAUCAAGUCGACAAUCACCUCUCAUGUUAAAUCAACGUCAACAACAGAAUCAUUGUUUAUUGCCAACAUCUGUUCAAUUAUUUUCACAACAGUCAAACAUUCCACAAUCGCUUUCAUCUUCAUUUUAUCCUGGUCGACAUCAUCCACAACAACAUCAUGAAGACGGAAAUGAUACUCAUAAUCCUGGUACAAAUAGUCGACGAACUACAGAACCAUGGUUAGCUAAUUGUUCUCAUUAUUCAUAUGGUCAACCUGGUUUGAAUUCAUUAAACAGUAUGGAUUUUAUGCGUCAUUCCAUACAAACUUCUUUUACACAACAUAAUAAUACCAGUACUAAUACUACUACUAAUAAUAAUAUGAGUAGUAGUAGUAGUGGUAGUAAUAUUUUUCUGCCUUCCACAUGUAUUUCAUUAUGGAAUCCAAAUCGGACAUUAACAUCAUGUUGUAGUCAUAAUUUAAUGACACCGAGAACAACACCUCCAUUAACUGUGGCAAUAACAUCUUCAAAUUUCAUUCAUUCACUUAAUACUACUACUACUACUACUACCGCUAGCACUAAUACUACUACUCAUGGUUGUAUUAGUAGUAAUCUCUAUUCAUCGUCAAUUCCUGUCAAUACUUGUUUUCCAUUCAAUAAAAAUCGUUUACCAUUGUCUACAUCAUCAACAUUGAAUAUUGGAGAAGAACAUUUGCAUUCUAUUCUGCCACGUUAUCAUGAUCAGCAUAAUCAUGUCCUUCUUCAGCAACACCAGCCUCAGCAGCAUCACCAGCAUCCAACAGAAUCGUCAUCGUCAUCAUCCAACUCUUGUCUAUUGAAUCCUGAACAUGGAAUUGAUAAUCGUUCAUUUUUCAAUGGUCCAGACUUUCUGUUACAUAAUCAAUUUAACUCGUUACGUACACAUCAAUAUGAUAAUACCAGUAAUAAUAAUAAACGUCUGUUUCCUCCUCACGAACACCAACACCACCAACAACAACAACGGGAUUUAUUCACUCGACACCAUCAUCAUCAUCAUCAUCAUCAUCAUCAACCUCCUGCUGCUCCUGAUGUUCCUCCAUCCAAAACUCAUUGUUGGUAUCCAUGCUUGGUGGAACCAGAACGUAAACGACAUAUUUCUGCACCGGUGGUCACAAUGAUCCCCGCACAACCAUCAUCAUCAUCGUUGUUAGCAUCGUCGCUAUCAUCGUCAGCAUCAUUAUCCUCGUCUUUGUCGUUAGCUUAUCCAACUCAUUUACAACAAACAUCAAUUCCUCUAUCGGAUAAUCAUAAACAUGCUUUACAUAUGAUGAAUAAAUCGUAUUGUUAUGAUUGUUGUCUACCGGAAUGUUACAAUCGUCAUCAUCAACAUCAACAUGAUCAACAUGAACAUCCAAAAGAUAGUCAACAUAUUCGUGAUUAUUGUUGUAAAAGUAGGAUUGUUGAUUCCAGGCGAGAUUUGGGCGUGAAUGAACAGCAAUCACGACUACAACCACCGCAACCACAACCUCAACAACAACAGCAACCAUCAAGUGAUAUUGUGACAGAUUUGUUAAUGCAAAGUCAUAUUACUGAUCCAGACGGAUUAUCAUCCCUUACAUGUGAUAUGCAUAAUUCAUGUCCAACAAUACCAGAAUUAUCUUUAACUCCUACAGCACCACUAGUAUCGUCACCAUCAUCACAACGUCACCUUCAUCAUCAUCCUCAUCAUCAUCCUCACCAUCCUCGUCAACAGCCACAACCACAACAAACCGCCAUAUUGACAACAAAAUCAACCAUUCCAACUGUGGAUCAAACAUUCUCAAUGCUUGGCGAUGGUGAUGGUGAUGAUGAUGAUGCUGAAUGUUUGUAUUAUCGACAGAUAAACAUGAUGAACAACAUGUCUGGCAUACUUCCUCCGCCGCCGCCGCCGCUGCCGCCAUCGUCGUCAACAUCAUCAUCAUCAUCAUCGUCGUCAUUUCUAGUACCAUCAUUCUCACCGGCCACAUCACCACCAUUGUUAUCGUUGUCAUUGCCACCACCUUCAUUAUCUCAAGAAGAAACUGCAACUGCAGCCACAACCACAACAACCACGACAACUACAGCAACAACAACAACAACUUUCUUUCCAUUUACUGAUUCAAAUCUACUAACAAAUUCAUUUCGUACAAUUGUGGAUAUUGAAGAAUUGAACAUUGAACAGCAACAACAACAACAACAGCAGUUGUCAAAAUUACCACCACACCAUCACCAUCAACAUCAACAUCAUCAACAUCAACAGCAAUCGAAUGAUGCACAACAUCAACAAUCACUUGUCAGCAGUGUACAACAAUGUCCAAUAACUUCAUCAUCAUCAUCAUCAUCACCCCCCUGUUCACUGUCCAAUUUGAAUCAGUUUGAAUUGUUGGAUUUAACUGUCACACCAUCACUACUGGCACAAAACACCAAUCAUGAUAAUAAUAAUAAUAAUAAUAAUAAUAAUCAUAGUGAAAGUAUGAAGAGCACAAGCAUGAAUCAGACAAUCAUGUCCAAUCAUGAUAAUCAUAAUCAUAGUAAUACUAAUAAUAAUAAAUCGAUUCGUAAUUCAGAAAAUGAUUUAAUUGCUAUGAAAUUAUCUAAAUCAUUAGCUGAAGAUAAUUUAUUCCGUAAUCCGACGGCAUUACCACCACCGAAAAAAAUGAAAAGUAAACCAGCGCCUAUAUCAAUUCCUCCACAAACCGGUGCCAAUUUGUCCAGACUACGUUCACCACGUGUAUGGAGUUCCAAACGAUCUUCACUGAAUUCUAGUCCUCCACCGUAUACACCACCUCCAAUGCUUAGUCCAAAUCGUCAAGGUUCCGGUUUAUUUUCGUCAUUAUUAUCACGAUUAGUGCCGAAUUCGACAAUGGCAUCAGGUGGAUUAGGUGGAGGAGGAGGACGUUCUAUGGGCAGUGGGGCAUCGUUGAUGAUGAAUCGUCGAUUCACUGGUUAUUAUUCAUCAAAUGCCCUUAAUGAUGACUCGGAACUUACGACCAAUCUACUUCCUACUAGUACAACGACUAGCCAAAGGAUUAAUAAUGGUGUUAGUCAAUUGAAACGACGUCAUGCAAGUAGUAGCAGUGGUGAAGCUAAUAGUACUACUAUCAGUGAGAUGAGUAUUUCCAAUCAAAGUAUGAAUAUGAUAGAUUAUAACAAUACAACAACAACCAAUACUACUUUUACCAUUAAUAGUAAUCAUGAUUAUUAUGAACAGAACAAUACACAUCCAACCACCGGUUCAAUCACUGAUUUGUAUAUGCGUGAUUUAAAUCGACCCAUAGCUGGUUAUACUACUCGUCGUUUUGGACGUCGUCGUCAACAACUUACACCGAAAUCAGCUCCUGUAUUAAUUUUAAACUCUAGUACAACUAAGAAUACGUCAAAAGAUUCACUUCAAGACAAUGAAUCCUUCACAAUGAAUCAGCAACAACAACAACAACAGCUACACUUUUCUAACACCGAUACCGUAUUCGGUUAUGAUGAUGAAACCAUGCGUCGAUUUGCUGAAGCUGAUGAAGCAUAUCGAUUAAAACGACAAAAACAACAUUUACAAGAAAUGCAUCAUCCUACACGUCGUCGAUGUGAUACUGACAUCAGUAGAUCGAAUGAUCCAAUUAUCAAUAAUCACAGCUCUACUACUGAUAAUAAUAAUGAUAGUAGUAGUAGUAGUAGUCAAUUGAUUUUUAAUAAAACAAAUCAAAGUUUCAAUUUCACUGAUGAACAAUUGUUGAAUUUUAAUUUUGAAUUUAAAUCGAAUCAAAUGGAUUAUUCUGAUACAACAACAACAACGCUACAAUUGAAUGAAAAUGUUGACUUCACUGAAGACCAUGACUUGAACGAUGAUGAUGAUGAAGAAUAUGAUGAUGACGAUGAUGAUGACGAAGAAGGUGUUCCAACUAGUAUUAUUCCACAUAUCAAUGUUGGUCAUGCUUAUCAAGCAGAAGUUCCUGAUUUUUGUCAAGAAGUGAUAACCACCGAUAUUACAAAAGAAUCCACUUCAAGAUGGGAAACUUUAUUAUGGUAUCCAGCUAAUCUAAAUGAAAAUGAUCCGAAAAUUAUUGAAUCAUUGAAUUUGCUGACAAAAAUCGCUUGUUCACCAGCUGUACGUAAUUGUGGCUUAAAUAUGGAGUAUACCUUUCAUUUAUUGUGUAAAUAUAAAGGUGAUUUAGAAAUGACAUUGCAUGCCUUGUUACAUGAUACAUUGAUUGUAUAUGAUUAUGUAUAUGCUGAAACUACAGCUUGGACAACUGAAGAAAUUGUACGUUUUCAACAAGGUCUCUCUAUGUAUGGUAGAGAUUUUCAUCAAAUUUCUAAAGAUUUACAAGCAAUUGGAAUGAAUAAAUCUGUCAAAGCAUGUGUAGAAUUUUAUUAUGUUUGGAAACGUAUGAAUACACCAUCAGAUGUGAAAUGGUAUCGUGAAAAAGCACGACGUCAACGUUCAUUGAAUCAUAUUGAACCAAUUAUUGCAGAAGAAUCUAUAACAGAACAAUUUGACAUAGUGGAACAAUCAAAUACGUGUACAACAGAUUUGAAUUCAGUACAAACAUUAGACAAUACUAUUACUACUACUACUAAUAAUAAUAAUAUUAGUAGUAGUAAUAAUAAUGUGCCUUAUAAUUUACGUCGUAAACACCCACAACCACCACAACACCCGCAACAACAACAAACAACUGUAUGUGUCCAACCACCGCCUCCGCCGACGGUGCCGCCAUCAUCAUCAGUAUCAUCCUCGUCAGAUCAUCAGUUUGCGACUACUACUACUUGCACUACUAUCAGUAGUAUAAUGAAUACUAACGAUGAAACGAUUGUAAAUAAUAAUAAUAGUAAUAACAAUUCAUUGGAAAAUUCUUAUGAUGAUUUCAUGGAUAUUGUUUUUAAUGAAACAAAACCCAAUAAAUCAUUGUUGCCACAAUUAACUACUACUACAAUCAAUCGACGUGAUGUUCAUUCUAUUGUUACACUAUCGAAUAAUACUGCCGACUUAUCAUAUUCACAUCACUCAUCAUCGUCGUCGCCGCCUACGCCACCGCCGCCAUCGCUGUUCUCCUCCUCCUCUUCACCAACAUCAUCAUCAGCGUUAUCAACUCAUUCUACUGCUGCUGGUGCUACUGUCCACUCUACAAAUUGUUUGUCUAAUAAUGUAUCCCCAUCCACUGUCACAUCGAAUUCUACAAAUCGAUCCAUUUAUACAUGUCGUAUAUGUGGAAAAAUAUUCAAUAAAAUUAAAUCACGUAAUGCUCAUAUGAAAACACAUAGUGAGAAAAAAAUCUCAUCAACAACUCGACAGAUUUAAAUUAUGCGAUUUUGUUUUUUUAAAUCAAUUAUCCGUUACUACUCUUUACAGAUAUCAGUAGUAUAAUUCUAAAAUAAGCAAUAAAAAGACCACUACAUUUCAAUGUGAUUUAUUUGUGAUAUUUAUAAAAAAUUUCUCAAAAAGAGAAAAAUAUUUCCAUCAGAAUUCUUUGUUACUUUUAUUC